AAAAAGCUUUGAUGAACGAUUCGACCAACAAACCCUCUUCAAUCUUCAUACACAGCCCAGGAGAGAAAAACUUCAGUGUCUGAUGGCUUCUUCGUGCUUGUUACUGAGAAACCCUACUCUUCCUUCAAAACCGUAGAUCUCGAAACCCUAAACCUCUUACUACCUCUGCUCUAAACCUUGUCUCGCCCGAGAUCUUAGAAUUAGGGUCUUCUCUUCCUGGUUGGUCUCUACUAAGCAUGGAACACGGUAACCCACACAACCACGCUCCCAAGCGCAAAAGAGACGAUCCCUCCGACGAAUUCGACCCUCCCGUCGAGAAUGGCGUCGGUACCGGCGUUGACCUCUCCCUCCUCGAGGCCGUCGAGAAGUCACAGAGCUCUGUCGAAGUUCUCGACCUCCGAACCCUAAAGAAGCUCGUUUUAUCCUUCGAACGCCGCCUCCGCGACAACCUUGAAGCUCGGUUGAAAUACCCGGACCAACCUGACAAGUUCGCCGAUUCUGAAAUCGAACUUCACGAGGAGAUCGAAAAGCUCAAAGUCCUCGCUGGCGGUCCGGAGCUCUACCCGGAGCUCGUGAACCUCAACACAAUUCCUUCCAUUCUGGGCCUGUUGAGCCACGAUAACACCGACAUUGCUAUCGACGUUGUUGGGUUGCUCCAGGACCUUACCGACGAAGACGUUUUGGAGGACAACGACGAGCCUGCUAGGAUUCUCGUCGACUCUCUGAUUGAAAACAAUGCUCUUGAAUUGCUUGUUCAGAACCUGGGUCGGCUUUCUGAGACGGACCCAGAUGAGAUGACAGCAAUUUACAACACGCUUGCGACGAUUGAAAACAUGAUAGAGGUGAAGCCGGCGGUGGCGGAGCUUGUAUGCGAAAGGACGAAGUUGUUGCGGUGGCUAUUGGGGAAGGUAAAGGUUCGGGAGUUUGACAGUAACAAGCAGUACGCAUCGGAGAUUUUGGCGAUUCUCUUGCAGAAUAGUACUGCCAACCAGAAGAGAUUAGGGCAGAUGAAUGGUGUGGAUGUUGUGCUUCAGGCUGUUGCGCUUUAUAAGUCGAGGGAUCCGAAGAGUUCUGAUGAGGAGGAAAUGGUGGAGAAUCUAUUUGAUUGCUUAUGUUGUUUAUUGAUGCCAUUGGAGAACAAAGAGAAGUUUGUGAAGGCGGAAGGGGUUGAGUUGAUGAUUAUUAUCAUGAAGCAGAAGAAGUUGGCCUAUGGGUCUGCUAUAAGGGCGCUAGAUUUUGCAAUGACGAAGUACCCACCUGCCUGUGAACGGUUUGUGGAUGUUUUGGGGUUGAAAACUGCAUUCGCUGCUUUCAUGGGUAAGAUUCCCGUGAGCAAGAAGAACAAGAAGGAAAGAUACCAAGAGGAGUUGGAAGAGCGAAUUAUUUCACUUAUUGCAUCAUUAUUUGGUGGUAUUUUGAGGGGUUCAAGAAGGGACAGGUUGUUGAGUAAGUUUGUUGAAAAUGAAUGUGAAAAGAUAGACAGGCUUAUGGAACUGUACAUGAGAUAUUCUGAUAGAGUCAAGGCUGAGACUGAACGGCUAAACAAGCUUGAAUUUGAUGAUAUAGAGGUGGAUGAAGAGGAACGCUACAAUCUGAAACUGGAAUCUGGGCUCUACACUCUUCAGUUGAUUGCUGUUAUUCUUGGCCACAUUUGGUCUUCUGAGCAUCCUCGAAUGAGAGCAAGAAUUGAAUUGCUACUUAAGCAGCAACGAUUGACCAGGAAGGAUGUGAAGGAUAUUCUCCAGGAAUAUCAUGACAACAUUGGGGAUCUGGAUGGACCAGAAGAAAAAGAGCGUGCUCAGUCCAAGAUUCAAAAGUUCAUUACAGCCUUUUCAGAAUGAUGAACAACAACACUUUGGUGCCGAAUGUGGAACGACACAUAAAAUGCUUUAAAGCUGUUGACUAUUUUACAUCCAGAUGGAUAAAGGGACAAGAGAAGGACCUGAUGUAUAGAUGACGUAUCAUCGUGUCGGCACUUCUUUUAUUGUCGUUUAUUUCAUUUCCAUCACCAGGUAUUGUAAGCAACUUCUCAAGUAGGAGCUCCGACAUUGAGCGUUACUUGGAAUCAUUAAUCAUAGAAGACAUUUCAUCAUCGGCCACCAUCAUUUAGAGUCGACUUACUUCAUUGAGCCUACUUUGUUUGUUCUGUAGUAGAAUGUAACAUAAAUUUUAUUCUGUAAGAAUACGAUUUUUUUAUGUUUAGGCUUUCUGCAAGGUGAAGUGAAACUGAUAUCCUGUCUUAGUGUGA